AUGGAAACCAUGCGUGCAUUUGUCAUGAUAAGUAUGUUGAUGUUGCCAAUUGCUGGUGGACAAAAUGGGGACACACCUGAUCUUCCAUCAGAAAUGACUCAAGGACUUCCAAGAAAUAUAAAAAACAUCACAUUCUUCAGUGGGGCAUUUAAGGAUGUGGAAAGUGUAACAUUAUUUUUUGACUGCUUGGGCUCCCACUUUACCUGGCUGCAGGCUAUUUUCACCAACUUCCCAGCCUUGCUCCAUUUUGUGAACAAGUUGAAGUGUGUGGCUGGGCUCUGCCCCAAGGAUUUUGAAGACUAUGGCUGCUCCUGCCGCUUUGAAAUGGAGGGGGAACCCAUGGAUGAGACUGACAGUUGUUGUUUCCAGCACCGAAAAUGUUAUGAAGAUGCUGCUGAACUGGAAUGCACCCGAGACCUAACCAAACUUUCCACCGAUGUCACUUGUGACAACCUAAACAUUACUUGUGAUCCCAAGGAUCCUUGUGAGCAUCUUCUAUGCAACUGUGAUAAAACUGCCAUUGAGUGUUUUCUUCAUUCACAUAUCAACUCCUCCCUCAAUGGCCUUGAUGUUGCCCUCUGUGUGCCCACGGUCACAGAUACGAACAGCAAGGAAGAGGUCAUGACCCUCCCAAAUGACCUCAUUCCUGAAGUACCUACAGACAGCAACUUAAAGGAUUCCUCUGUGGAAGCUGUUGUCAGAGGCCAUGAAGGCACAAUAAGCCCAGGGACUGUAGCACCGCUAGGACCCAUGCAGCUUGUGUCCUUAAUGAAGGGAGUAACGAAUGCCUUGUCUGGCCUUAAAUCUGGGGACUCAGAUGUGCAAGCUUUGGAACUGAUCCCUAAGGAGACAAGAGGAAAAGAUUGUGACAGAUUCACCUUUGUGCAACUGGGAGACAGUGGAGAAGUCAAGCAGGAGAUGGCCCAGAUUGGAGAAAUGCUCUUUUGUCUGACAGCUCGGUGCCCAGAGGACUUUGAAUCUUAUGGUUGUUACUGUGGUCAAGAAGGAAGGGGAGACCCUGUUGAUCCCUUGGAUAGAUGUUGCUUUUCACAUCAUUGUUGCUUGGAACAAGUGGAGAAAUUUGGCUGUGAAUUGGAGAAGAGUUCAAGAUCCAAAGCAACGUGUGAGGAUCACAAAAUAAAAUGUAGAGGGCAGAGUCUGUGUGAGACGCUUCUGUGCUCCUGUGAUCAGACUGCUGCCGAGUGCAUGGCUGCUGCAACAUUCAAUGAGAGUCACAGAUUCUGGAGCAGAUCCAGGUGCCAGGAGAAUGGAACACUGUGUGAAGACAGUAACCAUGAAUGGCCUUUGGCUCCCACCGGUUUAGGAACCGGGAGCUCAAGCUCUGAUGAGAACAGCAGUGAAGAGUCUGUUGCUUCCCUCGCAGGGGGUUUCAGAAGAAAGAAAAGAUUCUUGGGAAAGCCAUUUGGCAAUGCUGGUUCCAGGCCAGCCCAUGGACAAUAA